AUGAUAGGAUUUGGCAUCGUAAUCUGUCCUUCACUUCCGGGAAGCUCUGCCUUGAGGGCUUCUCCUUCGGACCCUCGGUGUAUGAAUGGUAGAAGCACGUGCCACACGCGUUACGUCUCGAUGCCGAUGGCAAAGAAAUUCCAAUCAAAGGUGCCUAACCUUAUCGGAUUUUGCCUUCAAACCUCAACUCUUUUCGAACUUUCCAUUUCUCCUUUUCUAUAUGCGCUGGGAAAGAGUGCAAGGGUAGUUGAGGGUGGGGGUAAGAGAAGGGUGUUUGCCAUAGGCAACUAUGUCUCACAGGUGAUACUCCGUCCAAUCCAUAAUUGGUUGAUGGAUCGUUUACGGUCCAUUCCAAUGGAUGGAACUUUUGAUCAGGAGCGUCCCUUGUUAAGACUAGUGCCUGCUGACGUGUGCUUUUCUUAUGAUCUUAAAUCAGCUACCGACAGGUGGCCGAUAGCUCUCAUGAGUGAGCUACUGAAGGAAGUCUUUGGUCCGACUGUGUGGACGAUUGGGAUUAGGUCCUUGGGAUUGUCGAGCUUUACAACUCGAUGGUUCCCAGGAGGUCAAAAAUCCCUGUCAUUCCGCAUUGGGCAGCCCUUGGGCAUUUGCUCCAGCGGUGGCUGGGCAGUGAUCUUUGUGGUAGCGGGGGUAGAAUUCGGAAGGCUGGCCGGGGUUGUGUCCUUCCGAGCGGACGAGGUCGGCUCGGUGACCGAGGGCUUGCGUUGCGUGGAGGUCUUACAGAGCCACGGGCUUGGACGUUACUUCUGA